CAUGCGUUGAUUAAGUUAAAAAAAUCUCGGCUAAGAAGCGUGUGUUGGUGUUGUGGUAAAUUAUUUGGCACGUCAAGUUAUUGCAAAUUGCUAUUUUGCAAUAACGGCUUUCAUCCCAAAACGCGUAUCCAAUGCAGCAAUGUGCCUUAGCUUUGAUGGGCGCUCCUGCUGCAGCUGUAACCAAAGUAAAUUCGACAGCGCCGUUAUUACGGUUUGCGUCGACGUCACAACAACCAAUUAAGAGCUAAAUAUACAUUCCACUACACAUUACGGCUUAAAGAGGUCAACUAUGGGCAUGCAAAAUGAUUUGAAAGGCAUUGCAAAGCUUUCCCGCCGGCGCAUUCUCCUAUACACCAUGAUCACUUCCAUUGUGGCGGCCGUUGUAACGUCACCCACAUCAGCAGCAGCAUCAUCAAAUGUUGAAGCACCAUUACUAUCUGAAUCUGAUAAACAGGCUGCAUUGCCAACUGUCACUCCACCGGCGAUUCCUUAUUGUGUGGAACAACAGGAACGACGCAUUGGACGUAGGUUAUUGUAUAUAACAACACUCGAUGGACGUCUCAGCGCCUUGGAUAUCGCCAAGUCCGGCAAAAUGCGUUGGAGCAUUGAAACGGGUCCCGGAGCGCUUAUCUCAUCCAGCAUACAUCGAUUGGAGCUGACCAAUAAUGGUCAAUUUGUACGCAUGAUACCAUCGCUUAGCGGCGGGAUUUACAAAUUCGAUGGUGACUCUAUAGAUCCUAUACCUAUAACAGCAGAGCAUUUACUUAGUUCGAGUGCUAAGUUUAGCGAUGAUCUAGUUAUAUCUGGUGGCAAGGAGACACGUAACUAUGGCAUCUCUGUGCGCACAGGAAAACUACUCUAUGAAUGCUCCAUAAAUGGUUGUGUGAAUGCGACAAACGAUGAUCGCACCAUAAACGAUGCCAUUGAGGAAACUGAGCAGCACGAAGAGCAGCAGGAUGGCGAACAGUUGCGUGAUAAGGAUGGCUAUGUAGUGGAGCAUGAUGCAUUGCUGGAUGAUGUGCUUGUGGUGCGGCGUCAGACGCAGACGGUUCGCGCUGUAGAAUCACGCACGGGCCUUGAACGCUGGAAUUUUAGCGUUGGACAGCACGAGCUGGACUUGAUGCGAGCUGCCGAUUGUCAUGAGCAGCCGCGCAACGAACUGGAGCUGGCCGUGCUGGAUGUGGAUAUACGUGUUGUUGUGCCUGAAGGCAUAAUUUGUGCAUUCAGCAAGAGUGAGCCACAGCAUAUGCUUUGGAAACAUCAGUUUAAGCAUCCCAUAGUUAGCGCCUGGCACACCAAUGAGUCCGAUGAGCUUCAAUCCAUAGAUUUGUUCAGCUCUUCACAGUGGCUGUGGAAUCAAGAACAGCAGGACGACGAAGAGGAAAAGCUUAAAGAUAAACAACCCAAUAAAGCACCUUCAAUUUAUCUGGGCAUGUAUGAGAAGCAGCUAUACAUACAGGAGUCCAUUCGGCUGCGUCAAGAGAUCAUAGAUCAAACAAAGCUUUAUCAGCAGCUCUCAGGCGACACCAGUCUUAUGCCUAAAAUACCUUGGCGACCCAUAGCGGCUAGCAGUAAUGCUCUGGUCAUAUUCCAAGGCGGUAGUGAGCCAGCUGUCAUUGGCGAUAGCAAUCAACAUAAUGAACUGGUGCCCUAUGACGAUCAGGACUUUUCGUUGGCCGCGCAAUCUGUGCUAAAUGCUUCCGAAUUUGUAAAUGGCAAUGGGUUCUAUUUUUAUGCAGAGGCACUUUGGGAAAAACCGGGACAGGUGCUGGAAUGCGCCUCAAAUGAAACGCCCGAUGGCCGUCCUGCUAUCGAAGAGCCCAAGGAGAGCAAUGUCACCGAGAAUGGCGGUAAUAAUAGCAUUAGUGAUGAUCUUGGCUUCAGUUUGGAUGACAUUGAUGCGCCCGUCAAAGUGGUAAUCCUAUCGCUUUGGUUCUGGUGGAAGGAAAUUGUGGUUAUUGCUUUUACCUCAGCUGUAUUGCUCAACAUGUUCAUGGGCCAACGUAAUCAGCGUGUGGAGCGCGAAUAUUUAGUUAUCGAACGACAUGUGCCCGUGCAAACGGCCAUUGAGGCCACAGAGGCAUCUACCCAGGCGCUGCUGGGACCUGUAGUGCCACUGCUGUCUAACAAUCAUCAGCAGCGACUCAGUACGCAGCGCACCCUUUCCGAGUCGACAACACAUUCGGGCGAACACUUCACAUCGCGUUUUCAAACUGAAUUUGAGCUUAUGCAGUGCCUGGGCCGUGGCGGUUUUGGCGUUGUGUUUGAGGCCAAGAAUAAGCUGGAUGAGAAUCAUUAUGCCAUCAAGCGUAUUACGUUGCCCAAUAAGGAGACAUCCAGGCAGCGAGUCAUGCGUGAGGCGCGCACUUUGGCCAGCUGUGAACAUCAGAAUAUUGUGCGCUAUUUUCAUUCUUGGGUAGAAACGCCACCAAUUGGCUGGCAAGAGGAGGAAGAUCGCAAAUUGCUGGCGCAUGAAAUGUCCACUUCCAUACAAAUUGAAACACCUGAUGGCAGCACAUUGCCUUCCAUGGAGCAUCAUGCUUUGGAUAAACGUCGUCAGCUAACAUCGUGGGUCUCGGAUGCAGCCAAUAGCACUGCCUGCAGCAAUCACAUAAAUCAUUAUGAAGAAGACGACGAGGAGGAGGAUUCGCUUAUAGAGUUUCGCAGUGAAUCGCAGUCGGCUGCCUUGCGAGCCGAAAUUGAGAGCGAUGAUGAUGAUGAUGAUGGUAAAGACAACGACGAUGACGAUGCUGCAAAUGAAGAGAAUGUAGCGAAAGUGCAACGUAGCUCCGUUUCCAUAGACAUACACUCGGCGUCCUUUGAUUUAAAAAACAUUAACUAUUCCACUCAACAUCAGCUGUCGACAAACUCAUUUCAAAUUGUAUCUGUGCGCUCUAAAAACAAUUCGAGCGAUAGCGAUGAAGCAUCGCAUCCUGCGCCGCGACGCAAGCCGCUAACCUUGGCGCUGGCCCACAAUAACAAUCGUCCCGUGCAUUCACAGGCAACGCCACCAAGUGCCGGCAUACAAAAGCCAAACAAAGUCUACCUCUAUAUACAAAUGCAACUGUGUCGCAAAGAGAGCUUGCGCGAUUGGCUGCGGGACAAUCGGACUGAGGAGCGUGCUGCGCAUAUUGCGCACAUCUUUCAUCAAAUUGUCGAUGCAGUGGAUUAUGUUCACCUUAAGGGUCUCAUUCAUCGUGAUCUGAAGCCAAGCAAUAUAUUUUUCUCGCAAGAUGGCCAAAUUAAAAUUGGUGACUUUGGUCUAGUCACCGAUAUGGGCGAAAUACCCAAUUUAGUGAACGACUGUGGUGAUCACAGCGGACUUCCUUCGUGUGCACGGCACACCCAGCAAGUGGGUACACAUCUGUAUAUGUCGCCGGAACAGCUGUUGGGCCAACACUAUGAUUACAAGGUGGACAUUUAUUCGCUGGGUCUCAUCUUCUUUGAGUUGCAUGUUUACUUCUCCACUGAAAUGGAGCGUAUUAAGACAUUGCGUGCUCUGCGCGGUGGCCACUAUCCCCAUACAUUUGGCAACCAGUAUCCCGAGCAAUAUAUGCUGCUGCAGCAGAUGCUGUCUGCCCAGCCAACGCAGCGUCCGCAAACAAAGCAGCUGAAGCAACAGCUACACGAUAUUUUGCGUUUACCCGAACAUCUGGUGGACGGACGUAGCGAGCAGGCAGCACUGGCGGAGGCCUCAAGGCGUCUCAGUCGCAGUCGCACCUUUAGCAGCAGCAGCGAGCAGCCACAGUGAUAAGUUGUUAGACAGCCGGUGAGCGGCUGCCGAGGCGCCAUUUAGUACUUAAGCUUUAAACAAUCAUAAGUCAUCAGUCAGCAUUUUGUUAGUAAGUUAUUAAUUUGUAUGAUUUAGUAUGAGCCUAAUCUAUCAUUUUAUGCAUAUAAGUAUAAGUUUAUUCAUAAGUUUAGUUAGCACGCUGCCGUUGUAACUAAUAUUAAGAC